GGAAUUUGGAUGUUACGUAAUGACAGCGGUGUUGAUUGCAUUAUUUGCGUUCAUUGGGAACGUUUGAAAACUUUAAAACUUAAAGUGUAGUUAACCAAGAAAAUAAUAAAAAUACAACAGCAUUAUGGAAUCUGAAGAAGAGGUAAAGAAUGAAAAUGAGAAUUCUCCAAAGGACGAACCAAGGAGAAGAAGUGGGCGACAGACCCGGGGUAUUAAAAAAAAUUACAGCCUUUAUUUGGAUAUUGGCUCAGCUUCGGAAUCAGAAGCAAAGGAUGCUUCGGGAAGUGAUGAUGACUUUGAUCCUGUCAAGUACGACGAGGGGCUUGUUCAGAAACUCCGGGUCGAAGAACGCGUUGUUAAAGAUUCCGAUUGGAGUCCAUCGUCAGAGGAAAUAGAGGACAGUGUGAGUGACGAUAAUUUUUCCGAAGACUGGGAUGCAGAAGUGGACAGCGAUGCAGAGGAAAAGAAAGCUCGAUUAUUGGCUGACGACGCCGUCGUCCACAAGUGCGUAGAGAGUUUCGAAUACCAAUAUAUGUGUUCAAAAUGUCUGGAAAAAUUUGAUUCGGAACGCGAAGCCGAAUGUCAUGUUAGAGAACAUAAUUAUCCCUUCGUGUGUACGGAGUGUGAUGGAAGACACAAAACAGAACAUGGACGUGCUCAUCAUUUUAAAGUUUUUCAUGUUGAGGAGCAUAACUGCACAGAAUGUAUGUUCAGUACGAAGACGUAUAAAUCCAUGCGAGAACACAUGAAGAAGGAACAUCCGGGACCAAAAUAUUGUAAAUAUCCACACAUGUGUCACGUCUGCGCACAGAUGUUCGGAAGAAAUGAGGAUCUUUGCGUUCACGUUUACAAGGAUCAUCAGAUAGGGGAACCCCCGGUCAAGAAUCAUGUCUGUGAGACCUGCGGGAGAUGUUUUUUUCAACAGAAGGAGUUAAAGAAUCAUAGUUUUAGCCACAUGAAAAAAACGGUCAAAUGUAAGUUCAAAGGCUGCAAUCGUUCAUACGUGUCGGUACAGAGGAUGAAAAAACACUACGACAGCGAACAUCUUGGGUUGAGGAAUCUUGUUUGCACGCAUGAAGACUGCCAGUUGACGUUUAAAUCUAAAAGAGUACGGCAAGAACAUAUCAAUAUGGUUCAUUUAAAAUUACGGUCCAUCAGCUGUACUUGGCCCGGCUGCACGAAGACUUUUUACGCACACAAACAUCUGUUAGUUCAUCUGCGAAUUCACUCGGACGAAAAACCGCUAAAGUGUGAGCACUGUGACUAUCGUUGUCGACAAAGAACAGCUCUCAACUGGCAUCUGAAAAAACAUGGUAUAUUUAAAGAAAAUCAGAAACGGGACUACGAAGCAGAAAAAAUACUAUUACAGGGUCGUAAAGGGAAACCAGGCCGCAAAGCUAAAACAGACGGCAAAUCUAGGAGUGCGUCUGCAAAAAAACAAUAUCCUGAAAAACUGAAAGAAGUGAAAUUUAAGGAGGAGAAAACCAAGAAAGGACCAAAAAGAAAAGCAGCAAAUAAAAAAAAGGGAGAGACGAAAGAAAGUGAGCAAUCAGAUCUAGAGGCUUUAAAAGAACGAGUUGCCCUUCUAGAGAAGCAGACGGAACAAGACAUGGAAGAUCAGAAAGACACAGUUGGUGAUCUUAAAAUAUCUGAAAAUAGUUCUCAACCAAUCACAGAAAGUAGUUCGUGUCCAGAUGUAGAAAAUAGUUUGCAUCUAAACGCAGUAAACAUUUUGUGUCCCGACACAGAAAAUAGUUCGCGGCCCGAUGCAGAAAAUAGUUCUACUAAUGACAUGAAGAUGAAAAACCCACAAAUUACAGGCACGGAUGUGAAGCCUUCUGUUUAUGGUUUAAUUCCGAUUCCGAUGUCAAGUCCACUUCACCAAAACCUUCCUACGCCACAUGUUCAUGAAAUGAAACAAGGGCUGGGUUAUUCACCAAAUGUCAAUCAAAGGAGUUUCCAAUCACCUCCAGGGUCUCAAACGACUGAUUAUCAACCCCCUAUAAACAGUCAUCAAGGUCAAAGAGGUUCUUCAGAGGCUUUUGGUCAUAAUAUGUUUGAUCCUCAAGCUACUUCUGUUAUGAGUCCCAAUACAGGUACCUUGAAUCAGUACCUUCACGGAGCCCCUCUAACCAAUUAUUCACAAUAUCCACCCUCUGCCUAUAUUCAUCAAGACCAGAAACCGCCAGUCGUUAAUCCUUUUCCAGGUGAAACAUAUAACAACUCUUCCCAGGGUUCUCACAUCUACACUCCGCAGCUGAACAUAAAUGACAGAUCUUUUAACCCGCCAACCAAUUUCUACCAACAGAACCCUGAAAAUUGUUUUAAUCCAAAUUAUCCGGUAACUAAUAGUCCAUAUACAGGUAUUGCCCAACAACAUCCACCUGUAACUAAUAGCCCAUAUACAGGUAUUGACCAACAACAUCAACGCGUAGCUGAUAGUCCAUAUUAUACUCAACAACGUCCACCUGUAACUGAUAGCCCAUAUACUACCCAGCAACGUCCACCUGUAACUGAUAGCCCAUAUACUACCCAGCAACUUCCACCUGUAACUGAUAGCCCAUAUACUACCCAGCAACGUCCACCUGUAACCGAUAGCCCAUAUACUACCGAACAACAUCAACCUGGGGGAACAUCCACAAAUAAUUAUAUGUAUCAAUAAUCAAGCCAUUUAAAUUGAUUUUUCUGAUCCAAGAACACACUCACUCAAAGCCCAGCUUAGGCAUGGGCCUGAGGGUCCCAGGCCCAGGGCGCCGCGGUUUAGUGGGCCCCUCGAUUCAUGACAAAAAGAAAAAAAUUCAAAUUCCAGAUGAAAGUUUCACGGUAAUCUAUCUAGCGGCGCGAGGGCGGAGACUGAGCUAUCCCUUAACCUUCUCUGUGAAGUUCCAUAGACUUGUAUGCCACUCGGAACUGAAUUGAUUUUGUAUGUGAUCAGAUAUGUAAUUAUUCUUGUAUUACAGACCGUUUAAUUGUGUGUUACGCAUGCGUGCCGUUCAAAAGGAUAUGAACUAAUCUUUUCGUUGCGUUAGGGCCCCCUCGAUUCUAGUUAGGCCCAGAGCCCCGCUCCAGUUAAGCUGGGCUCUGCACCCACUUGAAGAAUUAGGACAUCUUUUUUGUUGUUGAAUAUUUAUUUCUGUUUGUUAAUUUGUUUUAUCUGUUGCUCAUCCUUCGUGGAAGCAAGAAGGGAGCCACAGAAUUGUUAAAUUUGUGUUCGGUAUAAGAACCCUUCAUUAAAGUGAAAUGUAAUGAAAUGGGGGUUUAACGUCCUACUGUUCUGCUCCGACUGGGUUAAUAAAGACGGUCAUGCGCCAUACAGUGUGCUAUGAGGAAAAUUUUGCCCCGGGCAGCGACACUAUGGCCUACUUUUAUUUCGAAUUCCAACUGCCAAGGGAUCUUUUAGUACAUGCCAAUGUAUACACAGGACCUCGUUUUUUUUGUCCCAUACGAAUGACUAGACAGCUGUCCUUGCCAGGCCCUCCGUCCUGCACCACUGACAAGGGGAAACCUCGUCGUAAAAUCCUGAUCGAACACCCAACCUCCAGGCUAGAAAAACAGCGUCUUACCCACUUAGCCAACGUGGAAGUAAGAUGUUAAACAACCUUUCAUUUUAUUUCCUGGAGCCACGGAUACGCAGUGAGUAAGACGUUGGUUUGCUAACCUGUUUCCAAAAGAGUUAUGUUGUUUACCAUGUGGGGGUCGGGUGCGAUAUACAUCAUAAGGUCUGUCAUUGAGUCAAGUGGCGUCGUUACAAAUUCCUGCUUCUUCGUUACAAGGAAUAGGGUCCCUUUCCAACAUCGUGGCUUUUCUAAAGGUCCUCUGGUUGACUCCCACUGCUAAAGACCCCUACGGGCAUGCAAUUUAUUGAAAUAAAUUUGAACCAUAUGUUAGUCCUGAAAUGACCUAGUUUGUGUUUAGUUUGCUCUGUCUCCUGUUUACAAUUUAUGUGUUUUUCUUCCUUUUCUUUGUACAAUUUUCCCUUUUAAAGUAACGAUGCGCAUGUGUUGCUAAAAUAUCAAUUUUCUCACGGAUAGUCCAAGUCAGUAUGUACUAAGAUCGAUUAUUUAACAUUUUAUUAAACAUACAUUAUGCAAGAGCUAAAUCUGCCUAUUGCAGGUCUUUCUUUAGGCCUGAAAUAUUAUCUAAAUUAUUAAUUAGAUAUUAAUCAACUCUCGAUGGCAUCGCUAGCCUGCGAUAUUUACUAGAUUAUGAUCCCAUUUGCUGCUCGGACUUCCAUUCAUAAUUUAAUCAUGAAAUGGAUGAUCGAGACUAUGCUUUUUAUUGUACAUACUUUAGAAAUUAUGACUGAGGCUAGGCCAAAAUUUCAAUUACUUAAUUAUCGGUUUAUAAUGAAUCAAUUUGACUAAAAUUUUCAGCAAAUUCCCUUUACAUUAUCUUGUUUUUAACUAUUAUAGCGAGAACUGCCAACUCUUUAUCUAAUCUCCCAUAAUGUAUCUUUAAGAAAACAAAAUCAAAAUACUAACGCUAGAUAAUAUCGCGGCUUGGAUUUAAUCUGAUUUAAAUAAGUCUAUCAUUAAAUUUUCGGUGAUAACAAAAUGGCGGCGAACUUAUUGCAUGGCCAGUAGGCAGCUGCAUAGAGCGAUCAAAUUUCUAUUCCACAUAUCUUUGUAAUUUUUGGACUAUCAAUCACCUUUCACCAUCCUGUAGUUUGCAAAUGAUUCCUAUUGCGCUAAAAUGACGCAUCAGGACGUUAAAUGAUUAUUUAUGUUCUAAAAUUAUAUAGUUUAAUAUAUAUUAUUUUGUUUAUUGGUAAUAUAUAAAAUAUCACUUAUGAGAUAAAAUAAAUAAAUAUUAUAAUAAAUGUUAUAUUUUUAAAAGUAUUAA